AUUCAUGCGCUAUGCUAGCAGCGUACGCGAAAGUCGACUUAAGUCAAGGUCACGGCUAGAAAGUCAAGCGCACUCGAGAUGCUCGUUUUAAGAAUGUUAACAUGUGUGAAUACCGUUAAACCUACAUUUCCAGCGCGUCGUGAAGAUGUCCGAAAACCCAAAACCCCAAAAAGAGGAGCAACCCGAACGUCCCACGACGGUGCAGACCUUCGUGUCCCAAUAUGAAAAAUAUUACGGGCUCUCCGUACUAAUCGCUGUGGUUUCCAUAAUUACGAUAUUGAUAAUAGCAGCGGACGAGUGCAGAACGUGCUUCAACAAACUGGAAGAAGCGCAAGGUAUAAAUGGUGAAGGAUUGAAGACGUACUGGGUUUACGGCAGAAACGUCGAGAGUGGGUACUUGAGGCACGUGUUCAAGAUUUUGGACAGUUUGGGAUACAAAAACGAGCCGAAUUCGACGAACUGGGAUUUGUUAUGGGCCCACGAUUAUCCGUUUCGGAAAUUGUAUCCGGUUUUGAGUAAUCUGAGGCCGCAUCAGAGGGUUAAUCAUUUUCCUGGUUGUGGCUAUAUUACAAACAAGGUGGAUUUGGCGGUCAGCAAACUCAAAUAUAUACCACCGGCGUUCCGGCUACCUGAAGACAAAGAAGAGUUUUUGAGAUACGCCACGACACACCCGAGUGCCAGUUUUGUCCAGAAAAACAACGACCACAGAAAUAUAAAAGUGAAGAAUGUGUCGGAUAUUGAGUUGGAUUCAGAGGGGACUUUUGUGCAAGAGUUUGUCGAUAGACCGUUGUUAGUGAGCGGGCACAAGUUUGAUAUAGGGAUUUACACGAUUAUCACCUCUUUGGAUCCUCUUAGGGUCUAUAUCUACAACGGAGACGCGCUUUUAAGAUUUUGUCCGGUCAAGUACUACCCCUUCGACCCCCAAAACCUCGACAAGUACGUAGUAGGCGACGACUACCUCCCCAUCUGGCAAAUCCCCGCCCUCGACUACUACUACAACGACCUCGGCUUCGGCAUGCGCGAAAGCCUCAACGCCUUCCUGCGCUCCAAGGGCCAAAACCCCCAAAAAAUGUGGGACCAAAUCGAAGACGCCAUCCGCACCCUCGCCCUCGCCAAAGAGCCCCGAAUCGUCGACGUUGUCAACAAGUUCAAGUCCAAGCAUAACUUCUUCGAGAUGAUGCGCAUCGACUUCGUCGUCGACGAAGACCUGAACGUGUACCUGCUGGAGGCCAACAUGAGCCCCAACUUGUCGUCGGCGCACUACCCCCCCAACCAGCUGCUGUACGAGCAGGUCUUGUACAACAUGAUGGGGUUGCUGGGGCUGGGGGAGCGCGUCCGCAAGGACUCUCUCGCCGUCAGAUUGCAGUCAGAGGAGGACAUGAUUGUUUCUGAUAAGCAGCUGGCGACGUUCCCCAAGGAGUGCAGCAGUGUGGUGUGCAAGAGUAGCUGCGUUUCGCCGGUUUGUCAGCUGUGUAGGCCGUGCUUGUCGUGGGAGACUCGGGAGGAUUUGGUGAGGGCGUACAAGGAGCACGUUAAUCGGGGGGAGUGCAAGAGGAUAUUUCCCCCUAGCCAGUUAAACCCCGGAAGCGACGUCAAUUUGGAGGAAUACUCCGCCGAAAACCAGCUGCACUAUCGGUGGUUCUUGGGCAAGUGCCAGCUGGACUCCACGUGGUGUUAAUCACUUCUAACACCAUCCAAAAAGAAAGAAUCUUUACAUUUCGUGUAAUAAAUUGUACCAUAAAAGUUAGCAAUAAACGAUUUCCUGCG